AUUGAGACUACCAUCUCGUGCCACGUUCGGACUCGCCGUCCAUGCCCGAUAUCGCUCACCAAACCGGAGAAUUCCUUUUCGCUGACGAUUUGUUUCGAUAGACUUUUGGAACUGAGUUCUGUGCCAUUCACUUGAGAUUAUCCCAUCGUUUACUAUCAAUCUUCAUCCCCGCCUAUCGUUUUCGUCCAACGCCGCCAACAUGGGUUGUGGUAUGAGUACCGAGGACAAGGAGGGCAAGGCCCGCAACGAGGAGAUUGAGAAUCAACUCAAGCGCGAUAAGAUGUUGCAGCGAAAUGAGAUCAAGAUGCUCCUGCUCGGUGCGGGAGAGUCGGGCAAGUCCACUAUCCUGAAGCAGAUGAAGCUCAUCCACGAGGGCGGAUAUUCGCGCGACGAGCGCGAGUCUUUCAAGGAAAUCAUCUACAGCAACACCGUCCAGUCGAUGCGCGUAAUCCUGGAGGCCAUGGAAUCGCUGGAAUUGCCCCUCGAGGACGCCCGGAACGAAUAUCACGUCCAGACCAUCUUCAUGCAGCCGCCUCAGAUCGAGGGCGAGAGCCUGCCCCCAGAGGUUGGCAAUGCGAUCGGUUGCCUGUGGCGCGACACCGGUGUGCAGGAGUGUUUCAAGCGUUCGCGCGAAUACCAGCUGAACGAUUCGGCCAAAUACUACUUCGACUCGGUUGAGCGCAUCGCGCAACCCGACUACAUGCCCACCGACCAGGAUGUCCUGCGCUCCCGUGUCAAGACCACCGGUAUCACCGAGACCACUUUCCUCAUCGGCGACCUGACGUACCGUAUGUUCGAUGUCGGUGGACAGCGUUCGGAGCGGAAGAAGUGGAUCCACUGCUUCGAGAAUGUCACUACCAUCCUCUUCCUGGUCGCCAUCUCCGAGUACGACCAGCUGCUGUUCGAAGAUGAGACGGUCAACCGUAUGCAGGAGGCGCUGACCCUGUUCGACUCCAUCUGCAACUCGCGCUGGUUCGUCAAGACCUCGAUCAUCCUGUUCCUGAACAAGAUCGACCGCUUCAAGGAGAAGCUGCCCGUCAGCCCCAUGAAGAACUAUUUCCCCGAUUACGAGGGUGGCUCCGAUUACGCCGCCGCCUGCGACUACAUCCUCAACCGGUUCGUCUCGCUCAACCAGGCCGAACAGAAGCAGAUCUACACGCACUUUACGUGUGCCACCGAUACCACACAGAUCCGGUUCGUCAUGGCCGCGGUAAAUGAUAUCAUCAUCCAGGAGAACUUGCGGUUGUGUGGUCUGAUCUAACCACGGAUCCAAUAAGGCUGUCUUGUUUUAUCUCCACCUGGCUUGUAAUCUGCUUUCUUUUAUUAUUUUAUACCUCGUCGCAAUUUCUUUUUUUUUUUUCUUUUCUUUUUGUCUGAUUUUGAA